AGGUUUCUUUCUUGUCCCUGAAACAAGAUGUCCGGUUUAGGACAAGUGAAAGGGAUAUUGCUGGUUUUGUCUGGAAAGGGUGGCGUAGGGAAGUCUACGGUUAGUGCUCAGUUGGCGUGUGGUUUGCAAGCACGUGGGUUCAAGGUUGGAUUGCUGGAUAUCGACCUUUGCGGGCCAUCUAUUCCACGAAUGCUUAGCUUGGAAGGGAAUGUCGUGCAUCAAUCGGACGACGGUUGGAUCCCUGUGUAUACUGAUGACACCAAAACACUCGGCGUUAUGUCGAUCGGAUUUCUUACAAAGUCUAGAGAUGAACCUGUCAUUUGGCGUGGGCCAAAAAAGACGGCGAUGAUACGUCAGUUUCUGCAAGACGUCUGCUGGGGAGAAUUGGAUUGGCUCGUGAUCGACACUCCGCCGGGAACCUCUGACGAACACAUUACGAUUGCAGAAAAUCUACGCGAUGUUCCUAAUUGCAGAGCCGUGCUCGUAUCCACGUCACAAAUGGUAGCUGUUAAUGACGUCCGUCGGGAAAUAACCUUUUGUCGAAAACUGUCUAUCCCGAUGGUGGGGAUUAUUGAAAACAUGAGCGGAUACGUUUGUCCAAAUUGCAGUAUUCUCCCUUGCAGUUCUUUCCGGGCAACGGAAUCGAGAAAUAUCUUGAAAUUGGCAAAGAAGGAGGAGGAAGUAUUCGGGACUUUAUCUCGUGCCCAAAGUGAAAAAGUACCCGACGAAGAAAAACCCGUGUCUCCCGCGGAUAAUUUUGCCAGCACAGUUUUGGCCGAGCUUGAAGGCGAUGAAGAAGACAAAGCUGGAAGACCUCCCGCCGCGAACCCGGAAACUCGACUACCCUUAUCCCAUUACAUUGUGCAAAUCAAGAGUUAUUUGAAGAAGAAUAUGCUGAAGGAAGCGUUGGAUGUAUUGGAAGUGAAGAUGUUGCAGCGGGAUGGAAGAAAGCCUGACGAAUACGUUUAUACGCUGCUUAUCCAUGCGUGUGGCAAACGUGGGUACACGAAAAAGGCCUUCGAAUUAUUCAAUCAGAUGAAAUCCCGCGGGUUGAAGCCGGGUCCUUCGCUCUACACGGCUUUAUUCAACGCUUGCGCCAAUUCUCCUUGGAAAGAAGACGGACUUGAACGAGCUCAUCGUUUGUACGACCUCAUGCAGGAACGGGGCUACACUUUGAACGUGACACAGUACGAAUGUGCCAUCAAAGCUUUCGGGAGAUGUGGGGAAUUGGACACUGCGUUGAAGCUUGUGGACGCGAUGCUGAAGGAAGGGCAUUAUCUGACGAUUUCCGCUGUAAACGCUUUGUUGCACGGGUGUAUCGAUGACAAAACGUCAGGAUUCAGAUAUGCACUCCUGGUGUGGAGAAAAAUGCGCGGAAAACAAGUUUCACCGAAUCUCCAAACUUACAACUUGUUGCUUCGCGCAGUCCGCGAUUGCAACGCAGGCGACAGUGACAACUGUGGACAAGAACUUCUCGAAUUCCUGAUGAGUCGAGAAGCCCCGAGUCGACGUCAGUACGAUAAGCUGGUUCAUGGCCAGCGACAAGCAUUGGCCCAACCGAGGGCCAUGUUCAGACUGAAUCCCGGCGAAAGUGACCCUGUUUCUUCUGAGGAUCAAUUGCAGCAGCAUUCUGAGGCCUUGAUGCAGGCCUUGUCGUUGGAAACCUGUCCUGUCCCCUUGGAUCUUCUAGGGAAAAAUCUGUUCUCCUUGCAAUCGAUGCACGAUGUUAUUGGCAUCACUCGAUUGGAUAAACCUGAAGAUCGAUUGAUGCUGCUAGGGGGAAUGCCGAGGAUUCUCCUUCAAAUUAGAGCGGAUGGUUUGACUCCAGAUAUCAAGACGUUUAGUCAGCUUUUGAGUAGCUUGCCGAGGAAGGAUUCAAGCGAAAUGUUGCUGCUGGAGCUCCUGAAGAUUCACAACGUUCAACCGGAUACCGAUUUUUUCAAUCAGCUUAUCAAGCGUCAAUGCUUGCGUGGUUUUUGGUCAGGUGCACGCAAUUCGCUGAGAAUUAUGUCAGCGGAAGAAGGCUGUUACCCGGAUAUUGUAACUUUCGGAGUCUUGGCUUUGGGAUGCUCCUCACUGGAGAAACAGGAAGAACUCAUGGAAGACAUGAAGGACAUGGGUUUUAGCUUGAAUGUGGAAAUCCUGGGAGCAUUCUUGCGUGAAGCUGGCCGUUACAAAGACUAUUCUCGAGCCAUUGGAUUAAUGACCAUCAUGGACGAUGAGAAGCUGACCCCGAAUCCUCACGUGUUGACGAUGUUCGAAACGCUGAGGAAACAUGCUUUGAACGAUCGCCUUCUCGGGGAAAGUCACGUGUAUAACGCGGGUAACAAGUGCGCGGACCUCUCGAAAGAAGAUGAACGUCGGAAAAACGGAGCAAUUCAAUUUCUGAGGAGCUACAAAAAAUUCCUGAAAACUCACGCGAUUGAGGAAGACCAACAUCCUUGGAAGCAAUUUGAAAUUGGAAAUCCUCCUAGGACGGAAGUUGUUUGAAUUCGAUUUUUCUUUUCGUUGUUCCCUGCGCUGUGGAAAAUUUUAUCUUGGUGGUUCAACAUAAAGUCAAGAUUUUUCAGGAA